AUGCGAAGGCUACACUUAACGGACAGACACUUAAGAGUAAUGUUAUGGUGUAUUUUACUGGGGCUGCAGCCAGCUUUCGCUGGCAUACUCGAUCCUUUCAACUGGGCUCGUUCCGAUCGCAUUGAAGUCAACAUACCAUGGCUACCUUUUGAAAACGAAACCAGAUGUUACGACGAAUUGGGUUGCCUCAACAUAACCCGUAGUUGGUAUCACCUCCUUCAUCGACCAUUCAACGUCUUCCCAUUGCCUCGAGUUGUCAUUAAUACAAGAUUCAUCUUGUACACGAAAAAGAAUCCAACUGAUGGUCAAAUAUUGAACGUUAAUGUAAACAAAACUAUCGUAAAAUCGAAUUUUAGUCCUCAACGAUUAACUAAAAUGAUUAUCCACGGGUUCAUUGACACGCCGCUCUCUAAUUGGGUAAGCGAGAUGAAAGAUGAAUUAGUGAAAGCAGGCGAUUUUAAUGUGGUCAUCGUAGACUGGGCCGGAGGAAGUCUACCACUUUACACACAGGCCACUGCGAAUACAAGGCUAGUAGGUCUCGAAGUUGCACACUUUAUCAACACGUUACAGAAAGAACAUGGUCUAAAUCCGCUAGAUGUACAUAUCAUCGGUCAUUCGCUUGGUGCUCACACAGCGGGCUAUGCCGGAGAGAGAAUAAAGGAGUUAGGAAGAAUUACUGGGCUAGAUCCAGCUGAACCCUAUUUUCAAGGAAUGCCAACACACGUUAGAUUGGAUCCUACAGAUGCUCAGCUCGUAGAUGUGAUCCAUACAGACGGAAAAAGCAUUUUUCUUUUAGAUUUUGUAUUUAUGGCAGGAUAUGGAAUGUCCCAACCUGUGGGUCACCUGGACUUCUACCCGAAUAAUGGAAAGGAACAACCAGGUUGUGACUUGACGGAAGGACCACUUAUACCACUUACGUUGGUCAAACAAGGGUUAGAAGAAGCUUCUAGGGUUCUGGUGGCCUGCAAUCAUGUUCGAGCAAUUAAACUUUUUACAGAGUCAAUAAACGGAAAAUGCGCCUAUAUAGGACAUCAGUGCCCGUCGUAUCAACAUUUCCUGUCAGGAAAGUGUUUCCAUUGCGGUCAUGGUUGUGCUAUUAUGGGAUUCCAUGCGGAUAGUUCGCCAGGAUUAAUUACAAAUAAAAACAAUCAAUCAGAAAACGAAGUUUAUCCUUCCGAGGAGCAAGACACAAUUGGGGCAAAAUACUAUCUCAGUACUGGGAAAGAAUUACCUUUUUGUCAACGUCACUACAAGGUAGUCGUCCAUUUGGCAAAUCCCAAAGGUGCAGAAUCGUGGGUACAGGGAUUUUUGAAAGUAACACUUUUAUCAGACAAAGGUGUUAUAAGAGGAAUGGAUCUCACUCCUAACAACUACGUAAAGUUAGAGCAUGGAACAUCAUACACUAUUGUGGUAACACAUCCAAUGGAUUUGGGUGGUAAAGUUAGAAAAGUAGAGUUGUCGUGGGAGUACGAUAUGAAUGUACUGGAGCCGCGAUCUCUUUGCAUUUUAUGGUGUAACGACCGCCUUUAUGUCAAAUCUGUUAUUGUCGAUCAGAUGGAACUACCGAGCAGAGGAAAACGAAAUGUCGACUUCACCAGUAAAUUAUGUACCCCGAAGCGGGAAUUUGCUGAAAUACCCAACAGAGGCUCGGCAAGUUUCUACGACAACUGUACCAGAUAGUCGUUUCAUUCAGUCGUCAUUCGUGUGAUAAUUCGUUUACGUUACAGAAAAAGACAGUGUGUGAAAACUGUAAGAAUUUAAUACGUAUUAAUGUCGACAGAUCCUGUUAAAGGUUCUGAUGACUGAAAGAAAGCCCAGUAAUAACAUUGUAACAGGGUGAAUACUUACGUAUUAAAAAUAAAUAAAAAUUGCAAGUGUACAUAUAGAUUUGUUGGUAAUAAUUUAGAUACUUGUAAGACUAACUCUGUAUUGUUAUUUAAAUGUUUGUAAAUAAGUAAGUUUGUUUAAUGUAUUAAGUAUUAUUCAAUCACAAUAUGACAUAUUUAUUUACUUUAUUUAUUAUUAAUUGGAAAAUUUAUGAAAAAAGAAACCACAAUUUAGGGUUUCAAUAAUAAGAUAUAACUACCAUCUGUUCUAACUUAAUUAUUACAAGUAUUUGUAAUUUUUAAAUGCUGUAAGCAUGUACUGCGUAAUCGUGAACUUAAUAAUGUUAAUAUUUAUAACAAACAUUUUUAUAUUUCAUAAACGUGUAAAUAAAAGUUUUGUAAAUAUAUUAUACAUUAGAUAAUGUUAUUAUCCUAAGUAAAUGUGUUUAGAAGAAAUUAAAUAUAUCUAUUAAAAUCAAA